AUGGGAAGAGGAAAGAAUUUUUUUAAAGUUAAAAAGUACUUGGGUCGUAUACUUUUAGUGUUAACACAGGUUAUUUUUGUAUGGGCACUGUAUACGACAUCAUUUUAUGAAAAUUCAUCAUUAUCAAUCCUACAUUAUUUGAGGGCAUCUGCUUUUUGUUUUUGUUUAUUGCUGUAGGCCUGUUAGAUCCGAGCUUCUAUUUCGGACCCUGGAGAAGUUCGUUAGAAAAGUAUUCCAUUGAAAUUGUUAUUGUUCCAUGAGAUGUAUGAUCGAAAAUGUAGGUAGUGCAAUUCAUGGAAGCCACCGAGAGCACAUCAUUGUAAAAGAUGCAAAAAAUGCAUUUUUAAGAUGGAUCAUCAUUGCGUAUGGAUAAAUAAUUGCAUUGGAGCUUUAAAUUAAAAAUACUUUGUUCUAUUUCUGUUUUACUUACUUUUAUUCAUUUUAACAGUUUUGGGUAUUCACACUAUUGGAAUUUGUGAUUAUUUCAUGAGGUCAAAGAGAAAGAUUUUAUCAAUUAUUAUGACGAUGACUAUCACAAAAUUUUAAAUUUAUAGUAUUCUAGUAAUUAUUUUCUGUUUUACAAUAAUUAUAAGUCAAAUGCUUUUGAAUUAAAUUACAGCAAUCAGAGAUAAUUAGACAGCGGUAGAAUCAAUAUAGGAUAAAUUUGGCAGAUAACAAUUUUUCGUUAAUAACUUUAAACAAGUGUUUGGAGAUUAAGAAUGGUACCAUUGGCUCUUACCAACAAAACCAAAAUUAAAAUUAAAUUAUGCUGAAAUCGUGUAUGCCUAAGAACUCGAUAAUUUUGAUACUGAAUUUGUAGAAGAUAUCCUAUACGAUGAAACUAAUCCAGCUAAUAUUCACUUUGCAGAAUUUAUGUUGGAUAACUAUUCUAAAUAAAAAUAAUGA